GUGGGCCUGGACCUGACGGGAGCUUCAAGGCUCCACCCAAUAACCACAAUCAUACUCCGUACUUGGAUCUUGAAUCUUUCUUCCCUGGCCUCAAGCCUCAACUACAAUCACGUCAACGCGACCACGGCCACGGUCGCGAAUACUCAUUGUAUCGUAACCCCGCACACAGAAGCGAGCUACAUCCAUCAGACUGUCUGAUAUAAACAAUGGCAAAGCGCCAGGCCUCCGAGGCCCUCGACGAUCUUGUUGGUGUAGCCUCGCCAGCUUCCAAGAGAUCUCGAUUGGAUGACAUUGAUUCACCUGAACCGAACGGUACUUCGAACGAACUCAUCGACGAGUCUAAUACCAGUGGAAUGGCGCAAGAAGACGACGCAAACGAAGACGACGACCAAGACCCCACUGCCGCAGCACCUAUAAGACAAUCAGCGCCUACUGACGGGUAUGAUGACCUUUACCUCGAUACUAUCGAUCGCAACGUGCUCGACUUCGACUUCGAGAAGUUAUGCUCCGUUUCCCUUUCGAACAUCAACGUUUACGCAUGCCUCGUCUGCGGAAAGUAUUUCCAAGGUCGUGGUCCGAAAUCCCAUGCUUACUUCCACUCGCUUGAUGAGGAUCACCACGUCUAUAUAAAUCUGGAAACACAGCGUGUCUAUGUCCUUCCUGAAGGGUACGAGGUCAAGAGCCGCUCGCUCGAUGACAUCAAGUACGUGUCGGAUCCGCGAUAUAGUAAGAAGGAGGUUAUCGAGAUGGACCGCACACCACGCACCAGCUACACCCUUGAUAGAAAAGUGUACAUCCCUGGAUUUGUGGGAAUGAACAACAUCAAGGAGAAUGACUAUCUCAACGUCAUAGUACAGGCUCUUGCGCAUGUCGCGCCAUUGCGUAACUACCUGCUUCUCGAGGAUUUUUCGAACAAGACGGAGCUUGUCAAGCGAUGCAGCAUUCUGAUCCGCAAGAUCUGGAAUCCGAGGGCGUUCAAGGCUCACGUUUCUCCUCAUGAACUUCUCCAGGAGAUAUCACUGCGCUCGAACAAGCGCUUUACCCUCACAACUCAGUCGGAUCCUGUCGAUUUUCUAUCCUGGUUCUUGAACAACCUCCACCUUGGGCUCGGUGGCAGCAAGACCAAACCUGGCAGUUCCAUGAUCCAGCGUACAUUCCAGGGUAAGAUGAAGGUUGAAUCCCAGGCCAUCACAGCUCGUGCCGACGCUACUGAUCGACUGCGCUUUGAAGAUGCGGAUGUCAAAGUGGACAUUGUGCGCUUCCUCCUUCUGACGCUGGACCUCCCGUCAGCGCCGCUCUUUCAGGACGAACUCGAAAAGAACAUCAUCCCUCAAGUUCCCCUGACAACCAUUCUCACAAAAUAUGACGGUCAGAGGGCUCAAGAACACCACGCUCAACGCAAGCGUUACCGACUCAUGCACCCUCUCCCCCCAUUUCUUGCCUUUCACGUCAAGCGCUUCUCCCAGAACAAGUUUGUUUCUGAGCGCAACCCAACAAUCGUCACUUUUGACGCCCGUAAUCUCGACAUGUCACCAUACGUUGAGCCAAACCCCAAGGAGUGGCCCCCAGGUGAGCCCAUCUGGUAUGAUCUGGUAGCCAAUGUCAUUCACGAAGCUGUUCGAGUACGAGAGGACGUUGUUGACAGCGGCGAGGAACGUAAGAUAUGGAAGGUUCAGCUGAAAAACAAGGCGACGGGUGAAUGGGUGGUUUGUCAAGAUUUAUAUGUUGAUAAAGUACAGAGCGAGCUGUUAUAUCUUGGUGAGGCAUAUCUCCAGAUCUGGGAACGGAGGAGAGAUCCCAGGGGCAAAGGCAAGGCCCCAUGACGGUAAAUACCGCCAAUAGUGAGCCUCUAUCCGUGCAUACACAAUAUGUUUUAAUACCACAACUUGACGAUCCGAUUUGCUCGUUCCUGGGAGAGAAAUAUCAGCUCCCUAAGCUCGCUCUUUUGACUGUAGCUCUCACUGAAAUACGCUAUGGCAAACCGUACCCGAUCAUACGCAGCUAGUAAUACAUCGUUCAUAAACAAGGUCAUCACCGUGACCUCGCCUGUCGUGCGCAGC